CGUUUGAUGAACUCGCUAAAGCAAAAGAAUUUAAGAAAAGCAUACAAUCAGGAAUAAGGCUUAAUGCAUCUGCACAAGCAACUAAAAUUCGAGAUAACAAAUCUUCUCAUGUAAUUUUUUUAUCAUCUAAGGAAGGCACUUUAGGAUUU